AUGUUUGAUCUCGUUGCGAGGGUAUUUAAAUUUUACUCAGCGCGCGCCAAGCAGCUGUAUCCCGAUGGACCAAUCCCAUUUAAGAUGCACACCUUCCCUAAUCAACUCAUGCAGAGCUUACCUCCACCACUCACCCUGCUCAUUUAUCUUUCUCUCGCUGUUUCUGCCUUGGCUGCUGGCUCUACUUUUGCGUCUCUGGCACUCGGUCUCCCGCCCCAUUUUUGGACCAUCCCUGUUGCUUUUGCAAUCACCCUCCCUUACCAUCUAGCCAUCCUCUUCCUUGCUCGGGUUGAGCCUCAUGGUUCACCACGAGUAUUUUCGUCGGGUAAUAACACCUGGGGAUUUGUUGCGUCUACCUUCUGGACGGGUGCCCUUUGCACAUCCGUCGUGACAACGAUCCUGAUGGCGCGUCGGGAUCAUCGACAACAACGUGACAUAAAUUUGGGAUGUGCACUCUGUGCCUGGUCGUUGUUGGAGGAUGGUCUGAUUUGGAGCAUAACAUUGUUGAGCUAUCGGGAGAGACGAAGAGUGUUGUAUGCCGCAAAAUGGCGACCUAAUGGUAGCAGUAACGGCCAAUCUUGGAGUUUCAACAAACCUGAACUUGCAUUCCCAUGGCGCGUCCACUCACAUUCAUGA